AUGGCGAUGGAGGGUCCUACACCUGUUAGUGCUUUAAUCCACGCAGCUACUAUGGUUACUGCUGGAGUAUAUUUACUAAUGCGUACAAGUCCUUUAAUCGAAUACAGUGCAAUAACUACAGUAUUUAGUAGUCUUAUUGGUUUAUUCCAACAAGAUAUUAAAAAAGUUAUUGCCUAUUCUACUAUGAGCCAAUUAGGUAUGAUGGUAAUAGCAGUAGGUUUAUCGUCAUAUAACCUUGCCUUAUUCCACUUAGUUAAUCACGCUUUUUACAAAGCAUUACUAUUCCUAGGUGCCGGGGCUGUAAUUCAUUCAGUGGCGGAUAACCAAGAUUUUAGAAAAUAUGGUGGGUUAAGACCCUUCUUGCCUUUAACUUAUUCUGUGAUGUUAAUAGCAAGCCUUAGUUUAGUUGCUUUCCCAUUUAUGACCGGGUUCUAUAGUAAAGAUUUUAUUUUAGAAUCUGCAUAUGGACAGUUUUACUUUAGCGGUACAGUUGUUUACUUUAUAGCUACAAUUGGUGCUAUGUUUACGACUUUAUAUAGUGUUAAAGUAUUAUAUAUUACUUUUUUAGGGCCGGCUUUAGGUCCCGUGACUAAUUAUAAUAAUGCACACGAAGGUAAUUUAUUUAUGAGUUUACCCUUAGUAGUUUUAGCCUUAUUCUCUAUAUUCUUCGGUUAUAUUACUAAAGAUAUUUUUAUAGGUUUAGGGUCUGGUUUCUUUACGGAUAAUUCUAUAUUUAUUCAUCCAACACAUGAAAUUAUGCUAGAUACGGAAUUUGCUGUACCAACCUUCUUUAAACUUUUACCUUUGGGUUUUACAUUAUGUCUUAGUACAUUAGCCAUUAUCAUAUCGGAAUUUUACCCGGAAUUGAUUGUGAGAUUUAAGUUCACAAGAUUUGGUUACAACUUAUAUGGGUUCUUUAAUCAAAGAUUCUAUGUAGAAAUGUUCUAUAAUAAUUUUAUUACAAACAAAGUGUUACACCUAGGUGGUCUAACAACUAAGGUUUUAGAUAAAGGAAGUGUAGAGCUUGUUGGUCCUUACGGUCUUGAAAGAGGACUGCUGAUAUUAAGUAAUAAUAUCGAGUCUUUAAGUACAGGUGUAGUUACAAAUUAUGCGUUAUAUGUUUUAAUAGGUUUUGUUUCAUAUUUGAAAGAUUUACAACUAUUGGAAGGAAUUAAAGCAUAUUUUGGUGGUAUUGGUAGAAUAUCCAAACACGGGGAAUCUUCUUAUAGUUACACUGUAACGUCUAAAAAGGAAUUAACUAUACUUUUAAAUCAUUUUGAUAACUAUGGUUUAAUUACUCAGAAAUUAGCCGAUUACCUUCUGUUUAAGAAGGGUUUUUAG